AUGUGGCAAUGGCAACUAUUUAUUGAGGACAUUUCGCAAGGUGCCGAGCGUUUCGCGGUGCCUGUCUUUUUGAAUGCCGACAUGCGAGUUGAUUUGGACGUGUUUCGGCAUUUCGCUUACGCUCCUAGGCUUAUUGAUUCGAAUGGACAUAUAAGGAGUCGAAAGUCUUCGCCAACAUUUGCUUGUUCUUGCAAUGGCGGCUGCGAUGAUGGCUGUGAAUGCUCCUCAGGAAUAUACACGAAUGCAUCAUUGAUUUCAGUAGGGACUGUCGACGAUAUGGAAGUUUUGAUGUCAGACAUCGUUCGUGAAUGCAAUGAAACUUGCGAAUGCGCAUUAUGGUGCGGAAAUAGAGUAGCUCAAAAGGGCGCAAUUUAUCCAGUCGAGAUAUUCUCGCGUGAUUCGAUUUGUGGCUGGGGUGUGAGAGCAUCACACCAAAUACCAUUCGGCGCCUAUAUCGGUGAAUACACCGGAGAAUUGCUGAGCGAAGACGAGGCCGCGUCGCGCGAUUCAACAUUUCUUUUCGAGACCCGAAUCGGUUCGGAGAUUUACACAAUCGACGCGAAAUAUACGGGAAACUAUACGCGCUUUAUCAAUCAUAGUUGCAAUCCUAAUGUCAAGGUGGCCAAUGUGAGCUGGGAUUUUGAAGAGAACGAGCUCAUUCACAUGUGUUUCUACACCAGCAAGACCAUUGAGAAGCACGAGGAGCUUACUAUAGAUUAUGGAUCGGCUUGGUGGAACAAUAAGAUGUUCAAUUGCCUGUGCAAUUCGAAGCAAUGCCGCUAUCAGGGUGACAUUGAAAAACUCGCGCAGCUCAUCUGA